CCAUCUCUCUUCGUCGCCGACGCGUCCGACGAAGAAACGCGUCGCGCGCGGCGGAGCAGCCUGCACUGUAAGACACAGGCAGACGUGCCGCGUUCAUGGAGGGAGGUGCGAUCCCGCCGGAGGAGGCCGAGCCCUCGUCGCUGGCAUCCGCUGAUCUGGCUCUCGCCCCUAGAGAAGUUGCUGUUGGAGAGAGGCUGUCUAAGAAACUCUGCCACCGCUUGGGCUCUACCUACUCAGCCUCUUCUGAACGACAUGUUUGGGCAGACCUUACGGACAUCCUGCUUCAUCUAAUCGUUGCUCUAUUUAGCUCAUUUCAUGACUUCCUUGUUGUUAAUAGCACCUGUCGUGCAUGGCGCACUGCACUUUCUUCCUUCCCAUCCAUAUAUAGCUUCAUCUUCCCACCUCUCUAUGUCAAAAUAGGUGUUCAUUAUGCUCAUCGGCAUAUGGGAUAUUUCUAUACCUCGACAAAUCCUUUAUCUAACUUCAAGUGGCAGCUUCGUGAUCCCGCGAAGACAUACUUAUCCCGUCAUUGUUCAGCCCCCCGAAAUACUCCAUAUUAUGUGCAAUAUUUGGGGUGCUCAUAUGGGUAUUUUAUAUUCUCCUGUGGAGAGCAAUGCCUCCUCGUUGAUGUGUACACUAGUACUAUGGUGAAGCCCCCAAAAUUCCAACGUACAUACAACUCCCAUAUUUACUAUGGUUUCUUGAUGGCCCCACUAAGUUCACCCAACUCGAAGAUGCUCCUUUUCUCAAGAAAAUCCAUGUUCCAGUGGCAGGUUGGAGCAAACUCCUGGACAGAACAUCCCCUUGUUUGUGAACACAUCCACCACGCUGUAUCCUUCAAAGGUCAGAUGUUUGCCAUCGACUGUCUUCGGAAGCUCAGUACCAUAAACUUGGCACCUCAGCUUGGCAUGCGAGAAGUGGCAGUUGUGUGGGGAGAGGACAUGGUUAAUGGCUUGCGUAAAAAUCCAUGGUUAGUGGUUUGUGGUGACAUGCUUCUCAUGGUUGACAUCUCGAUAUUUGUUAACAAACCAUAUGUCUCAGAUAAGAGAUUCCGCUUUGAAGUCUUCCGCCUUGAUUUAUCAGCCAAACCAGCUAAGUGGGCGAAGGUAGAGAAGUUGGAAAACUGGGCUCUCUUCGUUAGCAUUGAUAAGAGGAGCCCUGCAUUUUCUUGCAUGAGCCCUGAAAGAUGGGGCGGGAAGAGUAACUGUGUUUAUGUUCCGAGUGCCUCCGAAGAUUCUGAUGAACCUUGGAUUGCAGUAGAGUUUGGUCAGUCAAUGUGCAGCAGAACCCACCCCCUUUCAUACAUCCUUACUGGCAAAAGGAGGAACCAGAACCUCUGGGUGCUCCCCAGUUUAGUUUACGGCGCCGGUCAAUGAACGGCCAUCCUUGUUCAUGCCCGCCUACUGUUUUUUUAUGAGUUAGCCAGCGAAAUCAGAUCUCUUUGAGUGGGUAUACA